AUGACUGUAUCUGACAUUCCAAGCCGACAGACUGAUAAUACUAUACCAAUCGCUGGAACUUUAGUUGAUGAAAAACUGCUAAAUGUACUUUCUAAUUAUAUGCAGUUUUCUGCAGUUGUCUAUUGCAAAGACGUGAGUCUCCGAGGAGAAUGGGGAUGUGGAGAAUUGUGUGGAGGAGUGCUUAAACAAACUCAAGUUAAAAAGACAUUCAAAAACCCAAUAUCUAACAAUGGACUGGGAAUUGUAGCGGUUAAUACAUUUACACGGAGUAUUGUCGUUGUGUUUCGAGGAACUGGUAAUAACGCUGACUGGAAAUCCAAUCUGCGUGUAUACCUUGGGAAACCCAGUUGGAUUAAAACUCCAUGGCGACCUCAAACACAAGAAUAUCUUAAUUAUCCCUACAUACCUCAGAAACCAGAAGGUGUCAAAGUACAUUACGGAUACAAUCAAUUGUAUCUAUCAUAUCGCAUAGCACUCAUGACUGAGAUUGAUCGAUUGAUGGACCAAUAUCCAGGCUUUGAUAUUGUCUUCACUGGGCAUUCACUUGGCGGAGCCAUGGCAAGUAUUUGUGCUGCAGAUUUUAUUUAUUCUCACGGAAACCCAAAAAAUCGAAAAGUAUCCCUAAUCACAUACGGACAGCCUCGAUCUGGAAAUCGAGCGUGGGCCAGAUGGAUGAAUCAACUUCCAUUCCAUCAAGUUUAUCGAGUCACUCGUGAUCAAGAUAUGGGCAAGUUUUUUGUUGAUAUGAUGUACCUGUCUAUUUCAUACAACCAAUUGUUUGAUUGA